AUGCCUCCAGCAACUACCUCAUUUCAGCGUCAAAAGCAGCUGUACACCGAUGAGGAGGAGAAGCUUGCGGAGAUCGUUUCCGACGACUCCUUCACUCGGGUGUUCCAGUCUUGGUUAGAUACCAUGAUCUCGCAGCUUGACUACCAAUACGAAAACUGCGAACGACAGCUAUCCGAGCUUCAGCAGUCCACUAGCGUUCCUGCGGGGUCGUUCUGGUGCAGCAAGACGAUCAUGCAACACUGCAAUCUACUUCUUUCGGAAAAGCGACUGGUAAAGAAGAAGUUGGGCGAUCUACCCGACAACACGGUCAAGGGGAUAGGAAAGGAUGAGAAGGAUCACGGGGAAGUCGAAGGAGAGCAGGCGAAGCUGCCGGAUCUUGUUCGCUUAGCCUCAUGCCUUCAGCAGAUAAAGUCAAGUCAUUUCGUAACCCAGAAGCAAAAGCUCUUCUUGGAGCAGUUUGAGGAGCGACUCAAGACGGUGCAGUUCGAGCCACUUGACUUGAUCUUUAUCUUGAAUGCUUUGGAGACGAAGCUCAAGACCGAGGACACCACACGUGCCGUGUUUGAAGACCUAACUGCGCUCCAAAAUAGCAUCGAGGAUUUGCUUCCAAGCGCCGAGCGUUGCGAGCAGCUGCUUGAGGCGAGUAUUGUGAAUGGGGAGAUGGCCCUGGCGGAAGACAUAUCGAAGCGGCAGCUUGAUACUUAUGAGCAUAUUCUUCAUCUUACCACUGAUCAGUACCCUAUUAUCUCGAAACAUCAUCUAGAUUCUUGCGAAGGCAAUCGAAAGCGUCGAUGGGCGAUAUUCCGUAUGGCCGAUAGAGACAUCACUACGGUAAUUGAGAAUAAGGAACGUGCUAUUGAAACUUGUCAGGAGGAUUUUGCCAAAAUUAAGGAGCAAUUAGGGAACUACAGCAAUGACGACGUCCAGCAACGCAAGCGAUAUGAGCUGGACCGUGCGGAGUCCGACGCCUUCUUACAGCAAAACAAGGAGAAACAACAGGGCGUAUGGAAUCGCAUAUUUGGGUUGUUUGAAGAGCUCAAAACAUGCCAGGGCGAGCUCGUCACACUGGCGCAGCAACGCAAGAAAGAGGUUCAGCGGCGUUUAGAAGCGGAGGAGCGUGAAGCCGGGCGUCGGAGCGGGCAUGAGUCCUUUCUUCACGCCGCCGAAGUCCACUCGAAGCUCCUUCAGGAUACCAUCGACAACGCGUCCGCGGCUAGAGACCUCGUGGAGGCCCUCAACAACUUCGUGCUCGACGGCUGCGAUAGUAUCACCGCCCGAUACGAUCAGCAGCAGCAGGUCCUCCAUGAACUCCUCCACGACGUCCAUCACCACCAUUUCGAACGCUUCACGGCUUAUUACAUCGCGGCGAAUCGCUACUUAUACCGGAAAGAGCGUUCCUUGGCGAAGUUGAAGGACGAGAUCACCCGAAACGAGCAACAACGCGAGCUCAAGUGUGAGGUGCUCGACCCCGCCGCGAAGUUAUUCGCGGAGGCGAACGUGCAGCUCACGCGAACGUACCACGACGUCGCGCAGGAGGUACUCCAGCUGCGGGAUCGCAUCGAUCGCGCCGAGCGGGCCCUCGCUCCAACGCUGAAGGCCUUUGAACUCGCGGGGGUCGUCUACACUCAUCCGUCCGUGUUGGUCGAAGAGAUGAACCUCAGCCGGUGGUCAAAGAUCACCGAUUAUCGCGCGAUCCUCCGCGUGAGUCGCUCCCCGCGUGAGCGGCGGGUGGAGGAGUUCCGUCAAGAAUGCCGUUCGCUGCGGGGGCUGAUCGGGGCGAUGGAGGGCGCCGGGGCACUCACGCGCGAUGCGGAUGGCACAUGGCGGUCGAGAACGCGUCGAGGGCCUUUUCAGCUUCCCCCUGCCGCGGAGGCCGCCGCGGCCGCGCGGGAAGGCCCCUCCAAGCGAGAAGAAGAAGGGGAAAGAGAAAAGACGCUCCCUGCGCUCGUGGCGGCGCGACCACCCGUCUUCUCCGCUCUGACGAACACCACCCCCGCGGUGGGCUCCUCACCGAAGGAGCGCGUUUUUCUCCCACGGAUGCCUCACGCUUCCUCGGUAGGCUGCUCGGUCAACUCCACGACGUCGGAUUCAUCCUCUUCAAAGGGGACUUCUCACAACCCCAAGGCGGAGUUCCAUCGCCGGGUGGAGGGUGGGGUGUUUCGUGCUCUCCACACGUACCGCUCCCGCGCGCCGGAUGAGCUGAACUUUGAAAAAGGGGACUCCAUCAUCUGCAUUGGGCAAACGCCGGAGGAGGGGUGGUUCAAGGGGAUCUGCAACCAACGGACGGGGAUAUUCCCUAUCAACUAUGUGGAGCUCGAAGUCCCUCACUGA